CAAUGCCGGCGUUCGGGAGGCGCAACGUCGGCGGUUGCUGAGUAUCCAGCCCGCAGCAGUGACGGCCGGCAGGAGCGUGCUCUUCCCCGCGGCUCGUGCUCUCCAGGAGUCCGGAGCAUGGUCCUGGGUCACCGUUGGUGUAGCGUGUUGGUGGAACGUGGACGCCUAGAGGGAGGAUGGUGGGCUGGGGGGUGGCAGUUUUAUGUUUGUGGGUUUCCUGCGGCGCUGCAGCGGGACAGCUCGAGUACUCAGUGCCGGAGGAGACGGAGCGGGGCGUAGCCGUAGGCAAUCUCUCCGCGGACUUGAGGCUGCCAGCGGCCGCUAUGUCCUCGCGGAACUUUCGCUUCCUUUCCAGCCACCGCGAGCUCUACUUCGGGGUGGAUCUACCCAGCGGCAAUUUGGUGGUCAGAGAGCCGGCGGACCGCGAGCAGCUGUGCAGGGCCAAAGCUGCCUGCGUCUUGACCUACGACCUGGUGCUCGAGGACCCGCUGGAGCUGCACAAGAUUCGGAUUCACGUCCUGGACACCAAUGACAACUCACCUCUCUUUCCUGCCGGCGACGUGCAGCUGCACAUCCCCGAGUUCCUGACGCCCGGAGCCCGCUUUGCUCUCCCGAAUGCCCAAGAUGACGACGAGGGAAGCAAUGGGAUACUAAGCUACAGCCUAAGCCCCAGUCAGCACUUUCGCCUGGACAUGGGAUCGCGGGUUGACGGCAGCGAAUACCCGGAGUUGGUGUUGGAGAAAGCACUGGAUCGCGAACAGCGCGCCACCCACCUGCUGGUGCUUACAGCUCGGGACGGCGGGCUACCUGCCCGCUCAGGAGACGCACAAGUCACCAUCAUUGUGGUGGACACAAAUGACAACGCGCCUGUAUUUGAGCGCUCCGUAUACCGCACCAAGGUUCCAGAGACUGCACCCAAUGGGACUGUGUUAUUCCGAGUUCAAGCCUUGGAUCCAGAUGAAGGGUCCAAUGGGGAAGUCCAAUACUCCCUAAGCAACAGCACGCAAGCAGAGCUGCGACACCGCUUUCACGUGCACCCUAAAAGUGGGGAGGUGCAAGUAGCUGCUUCACUAGGUCCGCCUGAAACGCUCUUGGAGGCAUACAUUGAGGCGAGGGACGAAGGUGUCUUUGGUUUAGCUAGCACCGCUAAACUGCUGGUGGAGGUGACUGACGUGAACGAUCAUGCCCCCGAACUGGAUUUCCUGACUCUUUCGAACCCAGUACCUGAGGACGCUGCCCCUGGCACAGUGAUUGCUCUCUUUAGUGUAAAGGAUGAAGACCUCGAUUCUAAUGGUAGGGUCAUUUGUGGCAUGUCUAGUGCAGGCCCUUUUCAGCUGACGGCUUCCUUUGACAACUACUACAGCCUGCUGAUUGAUGGGCCCCUGGACCGGGAGCAGAUCAGUGAAUACCAAGUCCUGAUCACGGCCUCAGAUAGUGGCUCACCCCCACUUAGCACCCGAAGGACAAUCACUGUGUCAGUUGCUGAUGUGAAUGACAAUACACCAAGCUUUCCUCAACCCCAGCAGGAACUUUUCAUUGCUGAAAACAAUGGCCCUGGGGCCUCUCUAGGCCGAGUGUUUGCCCAGGACCCCGACAUGGGGAAGAAUGGCCUUGUCUCUUAUGAGCUGUUGGAUGUUAUCUCUGAAGGGCCAUCAGCCUCUAGCUUGGUGGCAGUGGAAUCAUCCAGUGGGGCCAUCACUGCCAAAACUUCCUUUGACUUUGAGCAGCUCAGGGGGUUUCAUUUCCAAGUAGAAGGCCGGGAUGGUGGCAUUCCUCCCAGAAGUGCAACAGUGACUAUAAACUUGUUUGUGGUAGAUAGGAAUGACAAUUAUCCGGUUAUCUUGUUUCCCUUGCCCAGAAAUGGUUCUGUCCCAGUGGAAAUUGUGCCCCGCUCUGCCAGGACUGGACACUUGGUCACAAAAGUGGUAGCAGAGGAUGCAGACAGUGGUUCUAAUGCCUGGCUUUCCUACCACAUCUCCCGGGCGUCUGACUCUAGUCUCUUUAGAAUUUCAGCCAAUAUAGGUGAGCUCCGUACUGCUCGCUUAGUUCUUCCCACUGAUGCAGUUAAGCAGAGGGUGAUGGUAGUGGUUCGGGACCAUGGAGACCCACCACUUUCCUCCUCUGUCACUCUGGGUGUGCUGUUGAGCAACUCUGUCCCUCAGUUACUUCCAGACUUUGAAGAUGUCUGGGAACCAGGAGGGCAGCUUUCUGCCCAGAACUUGUAUUUAGUAAUUGCCUUGGCUUGUAUUUCCUUUUUAUUUCUGGGGUGCUUACUUUUCUUCGUGUGUACCAAGUUGCACCAGAGCCCAGGCUGUUGCGCUCAGAGCUGCUGUCGCUCUACAGAGGAUCUGAGGUAUGGAAGGAAGAUGGUUUCAAAUCCUUGCAUGACAUCAGCCACCAUAGAUGUCACUACAGUUGAGAGACUUUCUCAGACUUAUCUCUAUCGGGCCUCUCUGGGACUUGGUUCUGAUAAUAACAGUUUGCUGUUGCGUGGGGAGUACAAUGCUGCCGACCUGCGAAAUCUUGCCACUGGGGUAGGACUGAAUUUGCCAAUAUCCUGUAUUCAGAUUCGGAAUAGGAAAGGGGAUCACGCUAAUGUCAAUGCCAUGCCACGACAGCCCAACCCUGACUGGCGUUACUCUGCCUCCCUGAGAGCAGGCAUGCACAGCUCUGUGCACCUAGAGGAGGCUGGCAUUCUACGGGCUGGUCCAGGAGGGCCUGAUCAGCAGUGGCCAACAGUAUCCAGUGCAACACCAGAACCAGAGGCAGGAGAAGUGUCCCCUCCAGUCGGUGCGGGUGUCAACAGCAACAGCUGGACCUUUAAAUACGGACCAGGCAACCCCAAACAAUCCGGUCCCGGUGAGUUGCCAGACAAAUUCAUUAUCCCAGGAUCUCCUGCAAUCAUCUCCAUCCGGCAGGAGCCUGCUAACAGCCAAAUUGACAAAAGUGACUUCAUAACCUUCGGCAAAAAGGAGGAGACCAAGAAAAAGAAGAAAAAGAAGAAGGGUAACAAGACCCAGGAGAAAAAAGAGAAAGGGAACAGCACGACUGACAACAGUGACCAGUGAGGUCCUCAAAUGGAAACAAGCCACUUAGCCAGUUUUUGUAAUAAUGGCAAAUCUCUCCCAUGUAGCAAUUCCCUGCUCCUUUUUCCUAUCUACAUGAGCCCUCUUAGAGACCUCAGAAAUCUGCAGAAAGUUCCCUGUGUCUGUCUAGAACGCAUUUAACAGGUUUUGUCGUAAAAGCUUUACUAAGUCUGGUGUUAACUCUUUCUCUCCACUCUGGCUUGUUUUCAGAACCUAAAAAGCAGACCCAAGUUUCCUUUCUCCUCCGCCGCAAAGGAGAGGCUUCCCAGCCCCGCCAGUGAGAGGUUGGACUCUCUGCCCUGUGCUCCGGGGAUCCUGUCUUGAUGACACUUGCAGGGCAGGCUGAAAAGUUUUGAGAUUGAGCAGCUUGGGUGUUUGUGGCCACUGGGUAUGUGUGGCUACCGCGGGUAUGCGAGUGCCAGAUAUUGGCUGAGACGAGCCAGCUUAGACUAAUUGGUACAAGGAAGGCAAGAAAACAAAGACAAAUAAACAGCGGAAGUUAUCAGUAUGGAGGGGAAGUGUAAACUUAAAGGGACCAGACUUUCUAAAUCUUACAACUCAAGAGGUGGCGGCCACCCUCUAGGAGACAAAACUACCCCCACUGACAAGGCUUUAGGAGACCCUAAAGUCUGUUGGCUGUGACGUCAUUAUACCUAAAAUCUGCAUCAUACCUGCAAGCCAACAGUUCAAUGUUUUAACAGAGAACCACCCUGGGAAACAGAAGCAGAUCUGAUGUGUUUCCUAUACAUGUCCUGUGCUCACUUUAUUAAAAAUUCUUUUGCACACAAUGUUUAUGAAAAGGCCAGAUCCUUUUCCAAUACUUAUGCAAAAGCAAAAGAAAACCCCGACACCUCACCUUUCGCUGUUUGUUGUUUCAUAGAUUUAUUUAAAAAAAAAGAGAAAGUCUAUAGCUAUAAAUCUUUAAAGAGAAAUAUGAAUACAAUUCCCCUACACUCUCCUCAAAAGAGAAUUCAGUCUACAGCCAUUUAAAUGAUCAUUGCUGCUACAGAAGUGCUUUAAGAGAAUUGCCUGAAACAUCUGUAUUAUAUCGGCCACCUGCCAAUCACAGCUUUACUCUUUCAGGUCACUCUGGGGCUGCCUCUUGCAUGUAUUACUAAAUAAAAUGAUCUCUCUUUCUCUCUCUCUCUCUUUUCUAAGAAACAAUUAUGUGCACUUUGAUACACAACCUUCUCUAACCAACUAUAUAUCAAGACCCAAAAAUGGAAGAAAAAUAUUGUUUUCUCAUACAGUGAGCAGAUUUUUCAAUCUACUAAUUCUGUGACUUGUCUUGGUGUGCUAGCCUACACCUUCUCUUUGGUUUAGUUUUCUUUUUCUAUAACACUCUGAAUUGCUAAUCUUACUAACACCUAUGAUGUUACCUGAAAUCAAUCUCCCAUAUGUAUGCUGUAUGCUAUGCUAAGACUCCUGAAAUAUACUUACUCUGUGCUUGUGUAUGUGAAUGUUAAUGCAACUAUUACCUAGAGUGAACUUUAAACUUUAUUGUUGAAUGUAAUUCCAUUAUAUUUCCUUUUGUACACCUGUGAAAAAGUGGAGUAGUGUUUUUUUAACCAUUGUUAAUCAGCUUUUGUGUAUGAAAGACACAGUAAAAUUUCUUUCUUAAAUCAAGAUACUGGUGAUUCAAGGAAUUUUAUUUAUGGUCCAGCCAAGAGCCAUCUCUUGCCAAGACUUCUGCUGGCAAGGGAAUGGGUAAAGCUGUUUUGUUCUAGUAACAAUUUUGGAAUGAAUACUGACAAUAUUCCAUGAGGGUGUGCAAGCACAAAUUUUACCAAUCUGACCUCUUUGAAGUUGCAGAAUGCUUUGAAAUUCUAAUGGUAUCUGAAAUAUCAGCUCAUAGAAAGUAACAAAAUUUGCUGUCACCUUAAAUAAGACAUUUUAAUUUUGUUAUAAUGUACAAUUUAGAAGUUUGAUUAAUUAUAUUAUCUAUUUAGGCAUUAAUAUAAAAGAGGUAGGAGUCUGUUAUUUAAAAAAAGCAUUAAAUUAAAAAAAAACUGUCAUGUCUACUUUUAGCUUCAUUCUCCCAUAUUUUGAAGGGUGUGUAACUUCAGCUCUGCAGGAUUGCAUGGGGUAAAACUUGUUGCCAACACAUGUGAACCAUUGCUACAUUGUAGGUUGUGAUCAUUUUGCCCCACUGAAGCCCAUGUAUCUGACCUUACGUGCCUUUUGAACUAGGAGAAUCGGGCUAAUUUAUUAAUGAUGAUAAUUAUAAUGUAUCUGUACAGCACUUUUUACAUUUGCGAAGUGCUUUCCAAUCCAUGUUAGUUACUAGUUAUUACAGCUGUAAGGAUAAAACACGUCAUGUGGAUUCAUUUUGAAUUGGUGCUAUUGGUAUUUCCUCUGUUAUUGCUAAUAAAUGAAAAUGGUGGUAUGAAAGA